UAUAAGACAGGGGCUGAGCUUCGGCCAAGACUGCAAGGGAAGAUAACUCCUUAGAUCAUUGUCUUGCCUCUUCUCCCUGCGUUGAAAAGCAGCUUCAAGCUCUGAGAUGGCAUUCUCUGGAAUACUGAAUGAUGCUGACAUUGCAGCUGCUUUGAAAAGCUGCCAAGCUGCCGAUUCCUUCAGCUGCAAGACAUUCUUUGCCAAAUCCGGUUUGCAGGGCAAAUCCAAGGAUCAGCUAACAAAAGUAUUUGAAGUUAUUGAUCAAGACAAGAGUGGAUACAUUGAGGAAGGGGAGCUGAAAAUGUUCAUGCAGAAUUUUGAUGGGAAAGCCAGAGUGCUGACUGAUAAGGAGACUUUGGAGUUUCUGAAAGCAGGUGACACCGAUGGAGAUGGCAAAAUUGGCGUGGAUGAGUUUGUAGUCCUGGUUUCCAAGUGUUAAAGCGAUUCAAGGGAAGACCAAGCCAAUUGUAUUGUACAACAUCCUUUCUUAUUGCAAGUCAACUAUUUAUUUAUACAUUUUAUACAGUGAAACAGCAUUGACAGUGGCCAGCAAGUUGUUUCUUACUAUUUGGGAACUGUGUUAACUCCCAAUGCACUGUUCGACCUUUAUUAUUGUCCAUUGUUGUAAAAUUCAUAAUUAAAAGGGCUUUCUACAUCAAAAAGCAGGACAGAGUCGCGGCCCAAGGGAAAAGAAAUUGGAUAUUUCGUUUUGUUGGUAGGGUCCAUUUAAGACGACAACUCAGUUGAGGGGAGUUUUCUAAGAAAUUUCAUCAAGAGUUAACCAAGCGACCGCCUUCCUUCCCAACCUAGUAUAUGACAUGAUAUUGGAAAAACAGUUAAAUAAGAAGUUUUUGCCUUACCUAACCAGGUUCACAAAACCCUUUACUAGUCAUACCCGUGGAAUUGUCCAUUCAUCCAUAUAAAGUGACUUCAUCAUUCACAG